AUGCGCUUGGAAAGUGCCUUCGAAGUUUUCCUGGUUCCUAAUGAGAAAAAGGCUGCAUACUUAUUACAUUACAUGAGACCUGAUGCCUACGAUGUUCUCUGCGACAAAGUAUCACCUGAAAAUCCAAAUAAUAUGGAAUACAAUGACCUAAUUAAGGAAAUGAAACAACAUUACAAUCCUGAACCAUUAGAAAUUGCAGAAAACUUUCGAUUCUUACAAAGGAAACAGAAUGAAGGGGAAAGUGUUCAACAAUACUUAACUACUUUGCAACGUUUAGCUACGACCUGCAAAUUUGGUGAUUAUCUUAAGAAAGCAUUGAGAAAUCAAUUCAUGUUUGGCCUGAGAACACAAAAUAUUCAAAGUCGUUUGUUGGAAAUGAAGGACCUGACUAUAGAGAGGGCUCUAGAAGUAGCUAUCAGUAUGGAAACAUCAGCAAGAGAUGCGGCACAACUACACAGAAGCAAUGUGGCAAGUGCAAGUGUAAACAGUGUUAAGUGUGAAAAAGGCAAUAAUGACCGAUUUUCAUCUAAAAGGGCUUUUGCAAAGUCUUCAUCAAAUAAUUCCAAAAAUGUUAAUUUUAAAAAUUAUUGUUACAGGUGCGGAUCUCCCACACAUUUUGCAAAUAAAUGCAAGCACAUUACCACUAUUUGCUCCAAAUGCAAGGUCAAGGGUCAUCUGGGAAAGGUUUGUUUCAAAAGUAAAAAUACAGAAAGUACAAAUCAAAUUGAAGAACUAUUUUCUAUUGAAUCCGAACAUAUCGAUUACAGGGAAAAAUUUAUGGUCAAAAUUAAAAUUGAAGGUAAAAUUUUAAUUUUUGAAGUAGACAGUGGAGCUGCUGUAAGUAUAAUGAGUUAUUCUAUGUUCAAAAAUUUCUUUCCUACUUUACAAAUUAAAAAAACUGAUUUAAAACUAGUCACUUACUGCAAGAAAGUGUUAGAUGUUGUGGGCUAUUCAAGGAUGGGUUGCAUUUAUGAAACUGAAACUCACAUUUUGAAUUUAUACAUUGUUAAUACCGAUCGAAAACCUAUUUUAGGCCGUGAGUGGAUACGUCAAUUGAACAUUAAAUUACAAAAUAUUAAUCAAAUUUCCGUUAUGAAUACACCUGAAAAUAUUUUACAAAAAUACCCAAUAGUUUUGGAAAAAUCAAUGGGUAAAAUUCUUAAUAUUCAAGCUCGUCUUAAAUUGAAAAAUAAUGCAACACCUGUUUUCAUCAGAGCUAGAAAGAUUCCAUUCGCUUUACAAUCCAAAGUGGAAGAAGAAUUGUUGAAUUUAGAAAAGGAAGGAAUUUUAGUAAAAGUCAUGCGUUCUGAGUGGGCUACACCCAUUGUACCGGUUGUAAAAGCUAAUGGGAAAAUUCGCAUUUGUGGUGAUUUCAAAAUAACCUUAAAUCCAAACCUCAUUAUAGAUGAGUAUCCUCUACCUUCCAUCGAAAAUUUAUUUUCCACUAUGGCUGGGGGAGAUAAGUUCACGAAAUUAGAUUUACAACAGGCCUAUUUACAAUUAGAAGUACAUCCGGAUGAUCAAAAAUUUUUAACAUUAAGUACACCUAAAGGACUUUUUCAAUGUACUCGAUUAAUGUAUGGGGUUGCUAGUGCGCCUGCUAUUUGGCAACGCCUGAUAGAAAAUUUGCUGAAAGAUAUACCCGGUGUCUCAGUAUUUUUAGAUGACAUCAAGAUAACAGCCCCUGAUGAUAAUACACAUUUCGAGAGACUGGAAAAAGUUUUAUGCAGACUUUCAGAUCAUAAUAUAAGAAUUAAUUACGAAAAAUGCGAAUUUAUGAAAGAUAAAAUAGAAUAUUGCGGCUAUGUUAUAGAUAGGUCGGGCAUACAUAAAGCGAAAAAGAAAAUGGAUGCAAUCCAAAACGCAAAAAUACCUACUAAUAAAACUGAAGUCAGGGCUUUUACAGGUUUAAUCAAUUAUUACGGAAGAUUUUUAGAAAAUCUUAGUUCAAAAUUAUACCCUAUAUACAAUUUAUUAAAAGAAGGUGUAGAUUUCAAAUGGGACAUUAAAUGCCAAAGAGCAUUCGAUACUGUCAAGAAAGAAAUUAGUUCCGAUCGAGUAUUGGCUCAUUUCGAUCCUCAGUUAACAUUAAUUUUGGCUACUGAUGCCAGUCCCUAUGCGGUUGGCGCAGUACUUUCACAUGUUUAUCCAGAUGGUACUGAAAGACCUAUUCAAUUCGCUUCACAAGUUUUAUCGACAGUUCAACAAAAAUAUUCACAAAUUGAUAAAGAAGCAUAUAGCAUUAUUUUUGGUGUCAAGAAAUUCUUUUAUUACCUUUAUGGUAGACGUUUCACCCUAGUUUUCAGAGAGGGGGAAAGAGUCAUAGUUAGGGAAUACCUGGGGUUCGAUAAAUGGCAGUUUGGUACUGUGAGAAAGAAGUUGGGAAGUUUAAUUUAUUUAAUCGAAUUGGAUGAUUCUCGAGUUUGGAAGCGCCAUGUCGAUCAAAUGCGUUCCAUGGGUGAGGACACACCUUUGAAAAUUAGCAACACACCAUCUAACACAUUUAUUGAGCUUCCUACGAUAUUGCCUUCAGCGAAAAAUAAUGACAAUGAUUAUGUUGCUGAAAAGCAAAAUACUUUGGACGGAAAUGUUGUCCAAAAUAAAGAAAUUAAACCAGAUGGUGUACCACUAAAACCAGAAAUUCCAGAUGACGCUUGUACCCUAAGGAGAUCUACACGAUUGCGUAAAGCACCCUCACGAUUGGGAAUUGAAAAUUGUACUUAA